GCACCAUGCCGCCACUGACUUUGACCGUGGUGAAUGUCGGGUCACCGCGCCCCCUCUGGCUCGAUGCUGCAUAAAUUUGUGUACAUAAUGAGGAGUUCCCCAGCGGUGUUACCCACACACACAAAGAUGACAGGCGACCCUGGCGCGGCCCAGACAUACCGAGCACGCCGGUGUGUACGUCAGACCCAAAACUGUGUCACAGCUGUGAGAGGAACCGCUCGCCUGUAAAGUACCCAAGUAGAUAUCUACCGCAAUGGGGUUGUUGAAGACGGUUUUUCGUAGGAAAAUGUGCAAGGGGACUAUAGUUGUGCUGCUGUCGCAAGUACUGCUGCUAGUCGUGCUGGACCGCAUGUUCUGGGCGGUGGACCAAGAACAGGAGCCCCGAAGACUCGGCAGCCUGCGGCACGGUCGUUUCCGACCCCGUCGCCUACGGGAAGGCACCGAACACGUACACGAGAACACAGUCAUACCGGGCGAGGGGAAGCCGACGGGCCGACAGGAUAUGCUUGUAAACCUGGGAAAAUUACCGAGACAGGACAAUGCUGUAAUAUACGAGUUCCCUGACUUUUCGGACAAUACCGACAGAAAAGAAGUUCAUUCCACGGAGGAAGCACCUGUCCGCAGACUGUAUGACGGUUUGGCACUGGGGCUGCGCGGCAGACGUCCUAUGAACCACAGGAGUUGGCACAAACAGCCCACAUCAAGUCUAGAGGGAACGGUCUCUGAGGACUCCAGUUUCCAAGGAACGACGAAGAGUUGGCAAAAACACGAGGAAACUCGCAUCUGGAAAAAUAACAACGCCGAUAUUCUAUUUCAACUCAAGUCUGCAGAGGACAGUCUAUUUUCAACAGAUGUUGGUCCUGAGAGCGACAGCGCAUGCGCCAUACCUGACCUGAAGGCCCCGGAUGAGCUGUGUUGGCGAAACGUGACGUGGAGAUGUAACAUGACCGCCACAUUCUCAACACUCAUUAACAGAACAAUACACGUGAACUGUCCAGGGACUUUCCGUGUUAACUUUCUGGAGAGGCGAGAACAUGAGGCCCCCCUCCCCAGUGGACAGUACGUGGAGUAUCCCCAGUGGAACUACUAUGAAGGACCCACCUCAGUUGCCAUGGAAACAAGCUAUGCCGAUGUCGUCUGCAAGGACCAAAACGGAAAUGACCAACACAACUAUCACACGCAGUUCCUGACGGAUGACGACAUAAACGAGUCCCAGCGUGAGAAGUUUCUGGAGACCAAGACGAAGGAGACAUCGUGGAAGCCGCUGUCUGUACUGUCCAUCAGUCUGGAUUCUGUGUCACGUGCUCACUUCCACCGGCCGUGCGGGCUCCCUAAAACGUCCGCCUUUCUCAGGAAACUGUACAAUGGCGCCUCAGAAGAGCAAAAUGGCGGACCACUCUCCCAUCAUGCUUUUCUCUUCAACCGACUGAACGCCAUUUCCGGUUCGACCGUGAUGAACUUGACCCCGCUGUACGCAGGGCAGCUGUACGACGAGGUGGACGAGGAGAAGGUCCGGAACAGAGUAUUUGCCAAGAGGGUAAAUGAGUGGAUAUGGGAGUACGCUGGCAGGCGUGGUUACGUCACCAGUUAUGGUGUUGACAACAGCGGUGGACUGAUGGGCACGAGAACACCAUGUGUGGACUGUCACUACCGACCCCCUGUUUUGCCACACCAAGAACACGGAUGGAUCAAGCGGGAAAAUGAGGAGGUGAGUCCAAACGUCCUGUCCGGUUUUUGCGAGGGAAACCACAUGUUACACGAGUACAUCAUGAACUACACACGUGACUUCCUGCGCAUGCCCCAUCCGGCCAAGUGGGCAGCGUUCGACCUCAACGCUCACCACGGCUACUCCGCCGAGUCUGUCAAUCAGUUGGACGACCGCAUGGUGGCGCUUCUUCAAGAUGCCCUGAGUGAAGACCCAAACCUCGUAGUGUUCCUGUUCGGUGACCACGGGAAGUCCUACCAUCGCUUCGCGUCCCAUCUGGGCGGGCACUACGAGACUCUCCUGCCGUUCCUGUCAAUCAUUCUCCCAACAUGGCUGCUCAGAGAAAGGCCCACCAUCUUGAAAAAUCUUGCCGCCAACCAGAGAAAAUAUAUUGUUCAUCUGGACCUACAUAAGACUAUGAAGUCCCUACUACAUUACCCUCAUCUCGACAGUGUAGAGGGGCACACGGCAGAUACUGCUAUCAAUUUACUAACUGAGACUGUACCAAGAAACCGGACGUGUGAGGAAGCAGGCCUGCCAACAUGGACCUGCGCAUGCGGCCUAAUGAAGCAAUUAGAAGAGACAGAGUGGUCAGCGAGACACACAGAAAUGGCCAAGUUCUCCCUACAUUACCUUAACAACAUGCACAGACCGGAAACACUUUCAAGAAUACGAAGACUGAACAGACUAGUCACGGCGCAAACGUCCUGUAUGGACCUGACCUUUGACCGGAUCCUCCAUGUUUUUGAGACGAGGAAUCCCGGCUCGUCGGCAGCCAUGAGAAGAUACCAGAUCACCUUCACAGCCCUGGAGGGGCCGUCAUUAUGGGAACUGGUCAUAGAUGACGCUUUUCAUAUACAACAGAUCAAGCAACUUAGUCUGUACCGGAAAUACGAGGAAUGCUGGGAUAGAAGAGUGAUCUUACAGUACUGUGUAUGUAAACACUUUGGAGCAGGAGAGCCGUGAAAACUGCAGACUUUUCCUACCGUCUUACAACAGAAUAUCUGUUAUGAUUCUCAGCCCCAGUUGCCGGCAACUGUGAUCUCACAAAAAACAGACUUUCUUUUUGUAAAUGUAGCUUUAGGACAAUUAUAUGGCUAGUCAUAAACGUCACAUGGGUGAAACAAUUACACAAUACUGGACACAGAUGAUAUACUUAGUGUCGUGAUUCACUUAUACUGUCACUCGUCCAAAUGACUCGUUUCGCUAUUCGAUAUUUCCCGUCGUUUUCCCGCAGACGUUUGGUACAUCCCCCUUCCCGUUCCCUU